AUGAAGCUAGUGACUCACAAUGAGAGGUUUCACUACGAUGAAAUUCUCGCAUCCUGUGUGCUUCUUCGUAUAUAUCCGGAUGCUGAAGUGAUAAGAACAAGAGAUGACUCGAUCAUUUCUCAGGGAGACAUCGUUUACGAUGUCGGAAGGGUGUUUGAUCCUCAGUCAGGAAGAUUUGACCAUCACCAAAGAACAUUUUCCGAAACAUUUUCCCCAAAAUACAGGACUAAGCUUAGCAGUAGUGGACUCAUAUUCAAAUAUUUCCAUAAGAAGCUCUUGGCCUUGUACGGAGUGGAGGAGUCGUGCAGAAUAUACGAGCUUGUGGUAGACAAAAUAUAUUCGGAAUUCUUUCUUUACGCCGAUGCCAUAGACAACGGGAUUGAUAUAUACGGGGAAAUAAGGCCUCGAAGUAUUGCCGACUUGGUAAGUCUGUUUAAUUCUGACGAGCCAAACGAGGACUUGGAAAAUCAGAGGUUCCUUGAGGCGCUAAAGAUUGUAGAUAAAGAUCUAGACAAUUACUUAAAGAGAAUCAGAACAUGGAUUGACAGCUAUGAAUACGUGGAAAGUAAAAUAAAAGAAACCAACGGCCCAAUUCUUGUACUUGACAAGCACUAUAGCACUGACCUGGUUUUGGAAAUUGAAGGUAGCCAUCAAAAAGAUUUCAAGUUCAUGGUAUUUCCUUUGAGAAAUGCUUACAGAGUAAUGGCAAUACCUAAAUGCAAAGGGUCAUUCGAGACAAAAAACCCUCUGAAGAAGGAAUGGCGCGGGCUAGUAAACGAGGACUUAGUGCGGGUAUCUGGAAUUGAAGGUUGCACUUUUGUCCAUUCUUCAGGGUUUAUGGGGAUUAACAGUUCUCUUGAAAAUGCCUUGAAAAUGUGUUCGGAGUCUCUUCCAAACAACAGAAAUCUAAAUCAAUAA